AUGACCAACACAAGUUUCCCAGUGGGCUUCAUCCUGCUAGGCUUCUCUGAAUGGCCCCAGAUGGAAAAGUUUCUCUUCUGGAUUGUGGCAAUCUUCUAUAUCAUGAUUAUCUUUGGCAACUUGACUAUCAUUGUGCUAUCUUGUGUAGACCCUCAUCUCUACACGCCUAUGUACUUCUUUCUUAGCAAUCUUUCCUUCUUAGAGCUCUGCUUUACCACAACCACGCAGCCCCAGAUGCUGUUAAAUUUAUGGGGCCCCGAGAAGACCAUCACGUACACAGGCUGCGUCAUCCAACUCUGUGUUUUUCUCUGCCUUGGCGCCACAGAAGGUGUCCUCCUAGUGGUGAUGGCCUUUGACCGCUAUGUUGCUGUCUGUCAGCCACUGCGUUACAUGAUCAUCAUGAACCCUCCACUCUGUUGGAAGCUUGCCAUAAUGGCUUGGCUUUCUGGACUGAUGGAAUCUCUGAUUCAAUCUCCCCUCACACUCCAGCUGUCCUUCUGUGCCCACCACCGUGUUGAUGAUUUUCUCUGUGAGGUGCCUGCUCUCAUACGCCUCGCAUGUGAAGAUACUUCCUCCAGUGAGCGGCAGAUGACCAUCUCUGCCAUCCUCUUCACCAUCCUGCCUGUGGGGCUGAUCCUAACUUCUUAUGGCUACAUAGCUCAAGCUGUGGGGAAAAUCAAGUCGGAAGAGGGGAGGCAAAAAGCCAUUGCUACCUGCUCUUCACAUCUUCUGGUGGUCUUCAUGUUUUAUGGAACAGUGGCAAUGGUUUACACAGACCCGAAAAACAACUUUGCUUCUAAAAAUGCAAAAUUCUUCACCUUUUUCUAUACUGUGGUCACACCAUUUUUGAACCCACUCAUCUACACUCUGAGGAACAAAGAGGUAAAACAGGCUCUGCAAAGGUUGCUGAAGAAGUGGGACAGACAAUAA